AUGCUAGAUAAAGACAGCUGUUACUUAACACGUGCAAAAGCUUGCAUUGGACAACAAAUGCUGCAGAUGGUUUUGAUCAAGACGCUUUCUUUGGAUGUUAUCGAUAUGAUCUGCAGUAACUGGAAUAUAAACUACAUGGAUGUCUGCCUCAAGGAUGCCGUGUCCAGCUGUUCUCCAGAAGAUAAAAAUAAAUUCAUGCAAAUUGGCUCAGAAAUAUCCACAGCCUUUGCGGCACUUGAUGUUUGUGGAAAACCUAAUGUCUGCUUGGUCUCGGAAGCUUAUUUGUGUAAAAACCCCCUCAUGACAAAAAUAUAUCAUGCUAACAGAAGCAUUGAUGACGUAUGCCUUGCACGACUGGAUGCUCAAGCAUGUCUCAAUAGCUACCUGUCUACCUGCAGUGCUGAAAUGGGUAAACCUGUCAGAGAUGAAUUCAAGGAAAUAUCUGAUGCACUGGAUGACAUGUGUAAAGAUUUUGUCAACCCGGAACCUCUUCUGUGCCCAUCCAUCAGAGGAGGAGAUCGUGUUUGUGCCAUUGGUACGGCUUUCUCCUGUUUCGCAAACCUCCCGAUAUUUUCAACAGUUGCUGAUUCAUUUACUUUGAGAGAUCAAUGCUUGGACAUGCAGAAAAUGAUGGUUUGCAUUGCAAAAAAGACAACAUCAUGUGACGCCAAAGAUCCCGAUGUCAAGGAUAUGUUGGCCUCUGUUAAACAAUUAAAGGCAUCAUUUGUCAAUGCUUGCCCAUACCUGACGGAAGACUUCUGCAGUAUACAGACUUACUGUCCUGUUAUGACUGCAGGCUGUGAUACUGAAAUGGAACGACAGCUCAGUAAUAAACAAAUACCAGUGUGCGACACCAAACAAGCAGCUGAUGCGUGUGUGGACAACUAUACAACUACGUGUACACAAGCACAGAAAGUUCAGGCUAGGGGUGUUAUAAACAAUAAGUUGGCUUUAUUAGGCCUGUCAAAAGGCCUGUCCUGUCAAGCCGGAAGCAUCGAUCCAUGUCUGUAUUCCUUCCUGGCAGCCGUAAGGGGGAUCUACAAGAAUAGCCAGGCCAAACAAAACUGUGACCUUCUUGCAUCACAAUACACCUGCAUACUGAGUAGUUACCCAAAUAUUGGCCAGUCAAUGAAUCGUGAUCUGGGCAAGGACCUGAUUGAUAAGUUAAAGGCAAUCACAACUGCCUCUCAGUGUUCAGCCACAGUUAAUAGCACAUGCACAAAUCUGGCACUUGUCAACAAACUGACCGUUCUAAUUGAAGAGCUGAUUCUGAACACAAACUUUUCAGAUAUUGCGUUCUGCGCAAAAAGCCAAUACAUACUGCGUGAAAAGAAAGCAAAUGAUUGCAAUGUUGCUCUUUUUGAUGCAAUCACUAAUUCAAUGGCAUACAAACAGAAAUGUGCUAAUGAGAAAAUCGCUUGUGAUGUGGCAGCAGUAAAUGUUCAGGAAUGUAUCAAGAAGAUUGGAGUGUUCUCAGCUUUAAGUUGUGC